UCUUCCCUUGGUCCGCAGAAUACUCUUCCCUCGCACUUGUCUUCUUCCUCCCGACAGCAAGCCUCUUUCUCCUGCCUCUCCAUUCUUCAUCUCCAGAAGCGUCAUAACAGACGGUAGCACUCUUCCGAGCGAAGGAUUAGAUAACCCCCGCGAGUCGUGACAGCCCAGGGGGUUCGUACUGGCCAACCCUCAAUCCCGAAAGAGGCUCGAUGGGCCUUCAGUUGAUUUAAGCCCAGCUGUGAAUUCCUUGUCUUGCAGACUUUGCCCCGUGAAAGUUAGAGCCUUUCCAAACCAGAAGAAGAGGGAGGCGGAUGAUUCAGGCAACUCAGUCUCAAAUCUCGAACUUGGUAACCAUUCUUCAUACUUAUCUCCUAAAUCAAUUAGUUUUUCUCUCAACCAAAUCAAAUGCUCCGUUUCAUUUGCUCAAAAUUGCCCCAAAAACUGAGGCACAGACCUUCGAAACCUAGCCUCGCAAACUUUUUCUCAACCUCCUCACUCAAACCCACCUCAGAACUUCCAAAUUCCAAGGACCCGCAAUCUCUGACAGUCUCCUUCCGCCAAAAUUCAUGUGGGCUUUCGUUCGGGUCGGCCAUUUUGUCUUCCAAGAAGCUCAACAUUGAGAACGUAAAGAAUACCAACUCAGUUCUAGACCUGUUGAGAAAUCACGGUUUGACGCAAACCCACAUCAGUAACUUAAUUAGAAUUCGGCCAAUAUUGCUUUCGGCUGAUUUAGAGAAUACCCUUAUGACCAACAUGGAAGUGUUUGAAUCCUUGGGGUUUUCUGGCUCUAGUCUAGCCAAAAUGCUUAGCAAAUACCCAGCUGUGCUAGAAAGUGAUGCACACACUGUUGUCGAGUAUUUUAGGGCACAUGGUUUUAGUAAGAAGCAAAUAACAACUUUGACGAUGAAGCGUCCCUCAUUGUAUUUGUAUAAUGCUGACAAGAUUUUUAAGCCAAAGUUGGAGUUUUUCAAAUCGUUAGGCUUCUCAGAUUUUGAAAUUGCACAGCUUUUAUCCUCUGAGCCUUGUAUUCUAACAAGGAGCCUCGAAAAUCAAAUCAUUCCGUGUGUGCAAGAGCUUAGGCGGAUUCUUAGCACUGAUGAGAAUGUCUUAAAGGCUAUAAAGGCAUGCUACCCAAUACUCGAAUCAAACAUGGUUCAUAUGCUACAGCCCAACAUCGAUACGUUGAAAAGCCAUGGUGUUCCCCAGUCAUUAGUUUUGAAAGUCUUCUUUAUAAGACCAACGUUUCUGCUUAUAUGUAGCAAUCGGUUUAGUGAGAUUGUUAGUGAAGUUAUGAAAUUGGGUUUUGAUCCCAAUUGUCUGUCGUUUGUUCUAGCCAUCAGGUCCAUGGCACUAAAUAGUAAGCCACUGUGGGAGCAGAAGGUGGAAGCUUUUAGGAGUUUUGGUUUGUCAGAGGUUGAGAUUUAUGCUGCAUUCAAACGGCAACCUUUGUGUAUGACUGUUUCGGAGAAGAAGAUCAAGAAAAUGAUGGGUUUCUUUGUGAACAAACUGAAGAUGAAGCCUUCCAUGAUCUCUAAUUGUCCGAAUCUUCUAAUGCAUAGCUUGGAGAAGCGGAUUAUUCCAAGGUGUUCAGUUAUGCAAGUUUUGAUGUUGAAGGGGUUGAUCAAGGAGGAUAUUGGCAUUGUUUAUAUGGUCACAAUGGCUGAGAAGAAAUUCGUGGUGAAAUUUGUGAGUAAGUAUCAAAAUGAGGUUCCUGAUGUUGUUAGAGCGCACCAAGGGAAGAUAGAAUUUCAAGGGCUCCCCAUAGCCAUGGAGAUGUGAGUACUUUUGAAAUAAUCAAAUGAGGCAUUGGCUAAAGAUCAUGAGUUCAGUUUUAGUUCAACAUGUUAUGGAGACGUCUCGGAAACUUUGUAUGCGCAGGAUGAUGCUUCCAUAUCGUGGAGAAAAAGGAAGCAGCACUUUUUGCCAGAAACUGCACAGUUUUCAUGCCAAUGCACAUUUUUAUAUUGACAGAUACGGAGAUGAACACAAGCUAGCAGGAUUUUCUGAUUAUGCUGGUUUAUGAUGGGCUGAAAUGUUUGAUUGUGCAGAUUUUGUGAUGGACUGAAAUGUUAUGAACAAAAUGUUCAGGAUCCAUUGCCCAUAGUUCAGAGUCUCUAUCCAUUGUCUUUGUUUUUAAUUUUUGGUGAUGGGGGGACGUUUUAAUUACCUGCUGUGAAUUGUGGAAUUGGGCUGUGAAUCGUGGAAUUUUAAUUGAUGUUACUCUUA